AUGGCUUCAACUGAACAAUUUACUCAAACUGAGAAAAGAGAGUUUAAAAUGGAGCUUUCCUCACAGGAAACUUCAUGUGCUUCUGCUCAGGCCAAGGGAGUCGAUUUGCCAGGCUCGACUCCUCUCCGUCCAGCACGUGGCAAAAGAGCAGCUAAUGACGCUGCUUUUGGACCUCCAAGAGAAGAAAGGGCUUUACAAACUUCGGCUAAGCGACCCCAGUCAAAAAGAGAGCGUCUGAGCUCAUCUGAGGAGAGCUCUAGCGAUACCUGGACACGUCUCAGCUUUCUGAAGAAGCUCUGGGACAUUGUUGAAAGCCAUCAGUUCGAGUCCAUUUGGUGGGGGGACAACGGAAAGUGUGUCGUGAUUCAUGAAGAACUGUUCAAAGACGAAGUGCUAGCAAGGAGAGGAUAUCUGAGGAUUUUUGAAAGUGAGACCAUGAGAAGCUUCACUCAUCGCCUCCAUUUGUAUGGGUUCGCCAGAAAGCUGUGCGAUUUUCCAAAAUCGGGCUCGCACGAUGACCUGCUAGCGGAAGAAACAGCUGGGGAGUUUCACUUCUACUACAACCCAAAUUUUAGAAGACAUUGUCUGCACCUGCUAGUGAAGUGUAAGCGAAGCUCUAGUCCAAAAAAUCAAACACCAGCAGGUUUUUCACCGGACACGGAUCUGCAUGCACGCCGCCGGAAAAGAAAACCAGAUGCUGAGCUUGCGUGGGAACCCGCUGCCGAGGAGGAGGAGAGCGCUCCCUUCACAGCAGCUCCAAGGGAGAACACGCACGCCUCUGCACCCAGCAAGACCGCACCUGCCAAGCGACCCGCCAAGCACAGCAGCCCCGGCCCGGCUGCCAGCCAGGGCGCUGCCUGCGCUGCUGCUUCACCACGUACUGCCCUCUCUAUGCCAGGGCCACCUGGGGGCCACGCCCCCCCCUACCGCCACUGCCCGGGUGGCACCUGGGCUCCAAACAAGGGAGCUGCAGGCAACGGCCUUGGACCCCAGCCCGGGCCACGCUAG